GCACAAAAUCCAUGCACAAACUAUGGCAUUCUCGACGGUUUUAACCGCAGUGUGGCAAAUAAAGAUCAGAAGAACUUGAGCUGUGACCAGAAUCACCUGAGUCCUUUGCCAGCCUGGUAUCGCUUCACUGGCGGAGCUGGAGACAGAAUGCCAACAUCCUGUGUACCAAAAAAUCGUUGUGGUACUCAUGCUACGGGUUGGUUGAACGGUUCACACCCAUCAGUGGAGGAAGGCAUUGUUACUCGUCGAGUUUGUUAUCACUGGAAUUCCAACUGUUGCAACUGGAAAAACGAUAUUCAGAUCCAAAACUGUGGCCCUUUCUAUGUUUACCGGUUAGUUAAGACUCCCGUGUGUUGGUUGCGUUACUGCGGUAAUAAUGAAGGUGAGUUUUAUGUUUUUCACCUUCUGACUGAAUUGUAAAAGAUCUUGAUCAAUAACCAAUAUCUACUCUGAAAACGAGCAUUAACUUUAUGUUCGUAUUCCAAAAGUCUCCCUCUCAAAAAAGGAGGAACUUGUGAGGCUUGCUAUUGGAAACAGUUAAGAAGACUGUCCGUGAUAGUGGCGAGGUGUCGGUAUUAUGGAGAUACCUCUAACGGAGCCUUAUACAUCACGCAGAUUAAAUUUUAUUGGUAAAAUGUUCUAACCAUGUUAACUAAAAUAGCAAAGAGUGAUAAUCGUGAUUAGUUGAUAAACAAAGACCUCAAAGGCCUCUGGCGAAAACACAAUUUGCAAAAAGUCAAGGGUCCUAAUAAACAAAGACUAUCAUUAAUCGCAAAAUGCUCUUACUAUAGUUGUUUUGAAGUUUUGAGAAGCACUACAAUAAUAACACUUAAUAUUUGAACGCUUGUAUGUAUAUUCUUUACAGGAACACCUGCACCACCAACAACGACACCAGGUAUGAAAACGUGGAAUUAGUCUGGCAGAAACAAUAUUACACUCCAGUAUUAUUAUCAUUAAGGACAAGAAAAGUUGUCUAACAUAUUUUGUAAUGCUUUAAAACAACGAACUUCCAAGAAAGCUCUUUCUCUGGCCCGCUCAAGAGGCAAUCAAGGGGCAAAAAAGUUCAUUUCUUGAAAAUGUCAAAAGUCAUAGUCCCUCAGUGGACAGUCCCGAAAUAUAAUUUUAUACUACAAAGGCCGUUAAGACAAGAUAGUCCUUCGGUGGCAGCCAAUUUGCACGCAGUAUAACUUAUCUUUGUUAUCUCUCUGUUUAAAAGAAGGCCAAAAUGAAAACUGAAUCAGGCCGGAUUUUUCUUUGUACGCUACAAUUUAUUAAAAAUCUGGUGCUGGUAGCGCGGAAACCAGCCUUUUUACACUACCUCCGAGGUAAACAGAACUAUCAGGCGCUGUUUGUUUAUCGUUCAGACCUCAGAGAAAAUUACCUAUAAUUCUGCAGUUUUACAGAACCAUCCGCUUACAAGACAAAUUACACCCAUUCAAUAUUCAGGACGAUCUAAGCAGUCGGGCUUCCCUUCCACAACAAAUUAUAAAAUGGCAAGAACAUUUAACAUUACAAGUAUAGAGAGAACUCACCAUUAAACGGGACUGUUCACUAGUGCUGACUAGCUAGUGACUAGUUACUUGAAAUUUUCAGACGCACUACUAUAACACUUACUGUUUGGAUAUGACAUGCUUGUAUGUAAACUCUUUACAGGAACACCUGCACCACCAACAACGACAUUACCUCCACCAACAACAACACCAGGUAUGAAAACGUGCAAUUAGUCUCGCAGAAACAGUACUGUCGCCACUCUAAGUUUUUAGAAGCACGAACAUGUUUUUGUAAUGCAUUUGAAGAACGAGUUUCCAUCAAAGCUCUUUCUCUGGCUUUGCUCAAGGGGGAAUCAAGGGAAUCAUUUAAGUCCAUCAGGCUAUUUUAGAAAAUUUGCCGAAUUAAUCCCUUAAUUAUUGGAAUUUAUUGGCCUUGAUUAAAGGGGCCUAAUACGAAAACUCCCCACAAAUAAAAAAUAAUAAUAAAAAAAAAAAAAUGGAAAACCUGUAUUUUACUCACCGAAACGGCUCCACCAGCUUUUGGGCUAGUAGACCAGAUCUUUUACAUUUAGGGUAGGUUCGCACCUCUCUGAUCCAAGAGAAGUUUUUUUUUGGUAGCUAAUAGUACACUCCUUAUUAAAAGCCAUCACGUAGAAAUUUGUAUUUGAUACGGAGAGUCUCCAAAUAGUUCGGCACACUGAAAGGAGCAAAAAAAAAAAUCAUUUCUUCAGCUGCAUUUCUUGAAAAUGUCAAAAGUCGACAUCCCUACACUGUUAAUAAAUUUAGUUCGUUAGUUUUUGUUUUUGUUUUCAUUUUGAAAUUUCAGUCACUGCAUUAUAACAGCUUUUUAACUUACUCUUCUUCUUUAGCAAUAGAUCCAUGUAGAAACUAUGGCAUUCUCGACGGUUUUAACCGCAGUGUGGCAAAUAAAGAUCAAAAGAACUUGCAAUGCGACCAGAGACACCUGAGUCCUUUACCAGCCUGGUAUCGCUUCACUGGCGGAGCUGGAGACAGAAUGCCAACAUCCUGUGUACCAAAAAUCGUUGUGGUACUCAUGCUACGGGUUGGUUGAACGGUUCACACCCAUCAGUGGAGGAAGGCAUUGUCACUCGUCGAGUUUGUUAUCACUGGAAUUCCAACUGUUGCAACUGGAAAAACGAUAUUCAGAUCAAAAACUGUGGCCCUUUCUAUGUGUACCGGUUAGUUAAGACUCCCGUGUGUUGGUUGCGUUACUGCGGUAAUAAUGAAGGUGAGUUUUAUGUUUUUCACCUUCUGACUGAAUUGUAAAAGAUCUUGAUCAAUAACCAAUAUCUACUCUGAAAACGAGCAUUAACUUUAUGUUCGUAUUCCAAAAGUCUCCCUCUCAAAAAAGGAGGAACUUGUGAGGCUUGCUAUUUGGGGAAACAGUUAAGAAGACUGUCCGUGAUAGUGGCGAGGUGUCGGUAUUAUGGAAAUACCUCUAAGGGAGCCUUAUACAUCACGCAGAUUAAAUUUUAUUGGUAAAAUGUUCUAACGAUGUUAGCUAAAAUAGCAAAGAGCUAUAAUCAUGAUUAGUUGAUAAACAAAGACCGCAAAGACCUCUGGCGAAAACACAAUUUGCAAAGUCAAGGGUCCUAAUAAACAAAGACUAUCAUUAAUCGCAAAAAGCUCUUACUAUAGUUGUUUUGAAGUUUUGAGAAGCACUGCAAUAAUAACACUAAAUAUUUGAACGCUCUUAUGUAUAUUCUUUACAGGAAAACCUGCACCACCAACAACGACAUUACCUCCACCACCAACAACACCAGGUAUGAAAACAUGGAAUUAUAGUCUGGCAGAACAAUAUUACAUACACACCAGUAAUUUUUAAGGAAAUAAAAAGUUGUCCACUGUCACCACUAUAAAUUUGUAGAAGGACGAACGUAUUUGUGUAAUGCUUUAAAACAACGAUUUUCCAUGAAAGCUCUUUCUCUUGCCCUGGUCAAGGGGCACUCAAAGGGCAGGGGCCCCCAAGGACAAUUUUUGGAAAAUAUCUGUUCGGUAGACGAUUUGAGAUCUAGAAUUUUCAGAACAUUUGUUGUAAAAUUUCUUGCUUGCCUGCCUCUCCUAGGAUUCUCGAACAUCUAAAAAAUGGUAUAAUUGCCCAUUUUUAACGGAUUUUUACCCAAAAAAGGUCACCUAGAAUUUUCGGGAGCUUUUUUCUGGCUGAAAUUUUUGAAAAUGUAAGUUUUGAUCCCUAUAAUUUCGGAUCACUAGACUUUCAGCUAGGAAAUCCGAACAGAUCAAAAAUUUUAGGGGACAAAUAUAUGCCAAUAUCUGCCGUUUAAAUACUAAAAUACAUUCAACAAUGCUAUGUUUAAGUGGUUUUGAACUAUAUUCUCGUUGGGUGCCUCUGAAAGGGCAAACAAAACCAUUUCUUGAAAAUGUUAAAAGUCGCCGUCUCUAAAAUGUUAAUAAAUUUAGUUCGUUAGCUUUUGUUUUUGAUUUCCUUUUUAAAUUAAUUCUAGUCAAUUUAACCGCUUUUAACUUGUAAUUUUUUUCCUCUUUGUUUAUAUUAAUUAAAGUGCCGGAUCUGAAUUAACACCUUUUACUCUACCUCUUCAGCAAUAGGUCCAUGCAGAAACUAUGGCAUUCUCGACGGUUUUAACCGUAGUGUGGCAAAUAAAGAUCAAAAGAACUUGAAAUGCGACCAGAGACACCUGAGUCCUUUACCAGCCUGGUAUCGCUUCACUGGUGCAGCUGGAGAGAGAAUGCCAACAUCCUGUGUACCAAAAAAUCGUUGUGGUACUCAUGCUACGGGUUGGUUGAACGGUUCACACCCAUCAGUGGAGGAAGGCAUUGUCACUCGUCGAGUUUGUUAUCACUGGAAUUCCAACUGUUGCAACUGGAAAAACGAUAUUCAGAUCCAAAACUGUGGAGCUUUCUAUGUUUACCGGUUAGUUAAGACUCCCGUGUGUUGGUUGCGUUACUGCGGUAACAAUGAAGGUGAGUUUUAUUUUUUUCACCUUCUGACUGAAUUGUAAAAGAUCUUGAUCGAUAACCAAUAUCUACUUAAAACGGGCAUUAACUUUAUGUCCGUAUUACAAACGUCUCCCUAUUAAAAAAGGGAGAAACUUGAAUUGUGAGGUUUGCUAUUUUUGGAAACAAGAAGGCGGUCCGUAAUAACGAGGUGAGGGUACUAUGGAGAUACCUCUAAGGGAGCCUUCUACGGUAUUGGAAUUGCUACACAAGUCAUAUAUCACGCAGUUUAAAUUUCCUUGGUAAAAUGUUUUAACCAUGUUAACUAAAUAGCAAAGUGUGAUAAUCAUGAUUAGUUGAUAAACAAAGCCGAGUUCAAAGGCCUCUGGCGAAAACACAAUUUGCGAAGUCAAGAGUCCUAAUAAACAAAGACUAUCAUUAAUCGCAAAAUGCUCUUACUAUAGUUGUUUUGAAGUUUUGAGAAGCAUUACAAUAAUAACACUUAACAUUUAAACGCUUGCGUGUAUAUUCUUUACAGGAGCACCUGCACCACCAACAACGACACCAGGUAUGAAAACAUGGAAUUAGUCUGGCAGAAGUAAUAUUGCACUCCAGUAUUAUUAUUAUUAUUAUUAUUAUUAUUAUUAUUAUUAUUAUUAUUAUUAUUAUUAUUAUUAUUAUUAUCAUUAUUAUUAUUAUUAUCAUUAUUAUUAAGGACAAGAAAAGUUGUCUACUGUCGCCACUAUAAAUUUGUAGGAGCACGAACAUAUUUUCGUAAUGCUUUAAAAGAGCGAACUUCCAUGAAAGCUCUUUCUCUGGCCUGCUCAAGAGGCAAUCAAGAGGCAAAAAAAAUUAUUUCUUGAAAAUGUCAAAAGUCAUAGUCCCUCAGUGGACAGUCCAGAAAUAUAAUUAUAUACUACAAGGGCUGUUAAGACACGAUAGUCCUCGGUGGCAGCCAAUUUGCACGCAGUAUAACUUAUCCUUUUUAUCUCUCUGUCUAAAAGAAAGGCCACUAUGAAAACUGAAUCAGGCCGGAUUUUUCUUGUACGCUACAAGUUUUUACAAAUCUGGUGCUGGUAGCGCCGAAACCAGCCUUUUUACACUACCUCCGAGGUAAACAGAACUAUCAGGCGAUGUUUGUUUAUCGUUCAGACCUGAGAGAAAAUUACUUAUAAUUCUGCAGUUUUACAGAGCAAUCCGCUUACAAGAAAAAUUACACCCAUUCAAUAUUCAGGACGAUUAAUGUAGUUGGGCUUUCCUUCCACGACAAAUUAUAAAAAUGGCAAGAACAUUUAACAUUACAAGUAUAGAGAGAACUCACCAUUAAACGGGACUGUUCACUGGUGCUGACUUGGUAGUGACUAGUUACUUUGAAAUUUUCAGACGCACUACUAUAACACUUACUGUUUGAAUAUGAUAUGCUUGUAUGUAAACUCUUUACAGGAACACCUGUACCACCAACAACGACAUUACCUCCACCAACAACAACACCAGGUAUGAAAACAUCCAAUUAGUCUCGCAGAAACAGUACUGUCGCCACUCUAAGUUUUUAGAAGCACGAACAUAUUUUUGUAAUGCAUUUGAAGAACGAGUUUCCAUCAAAGCUCUUUCUCUGGCUUUGCUCAAGGGGGAAUCAAGGGAAUCAUUUAAGUCCAUCAGGCUAUUUUAGAAAAUUUGCCGAAUUAAUCCCUUAAUUAUUGGAAUUUAUUGGCCUUGAUUAAAGGGGCCUAAUACAAAAACUCUCUACAAAAAAAAAAAAAAAAAAAAAAAAAAAUGGGAAACCUGUAUUUUACUCACCGAAACGGCUCCACCAGCUUUUGGGCUAGUAGACCAGAUCGUUUAAAUUUAGGAUAGGUUCGCACCUCUCUGAUCCAAGAGAAGUAUUUUUUGGUAGCUAAUAGUACACUCCUUAAAAGCCAUCACGUAGAAAUUUGUAUUUGAUACGGAGAGUUUCCAAAUAGUUCGGGAUACUGAAAGGAGCCAAAAAAAAAUCAUUUCUUGAAAAUGUCAAAAGUCGACAUCCCUCACUCACUCACUCACUUGGUCGCCCGAAGGAGGGCAACCACUAGAUCUUUCCACAGCCUCUUAUCAGCCAUCAGUACAGCAAUCUCACUUGCUUCGAAUGCCUCAGUAUCCCUCUUAAGAGUGUCAAUAUAGGUAGUAUUCGGUCUUCCUCUCCCGCGAUGACCAUGUGUGGGCUCCCAUAGGACUAAUUUCUGGGUACUUAGCUCUGGAUGGCGAUAACAGUGUCCCGCAAGUUGUAGCCUACGAGAGGCGACUUUGUUGGUGACUGCUGGUAGAUCUCCGUACAUUUGCUGCUUUGGUAUGUGGCUGCUCCAGUGGAUGUUUAAAGCUUUUCGCAGCAUCCUAGUGUAUGUUCCAUCCAACGACAUCCCUACAAUGUUAAUAAAUUUAGUUCGUUAGUUUUUGCUUUUGUUUUCAUUUUUAAAUUCUAGUCAUUAUAACAGCUUUUUAACUUAUAAUUUUCAGUGUUGUUGCUUGAAGUGAUCCGAAUUAACAUCCUUUUUCUUCUUCUUUAGCAAUAGAUCCAUGCACAAACUAUGGCAUUCUCGACGGUUUUAACCGUAGCGUGGCAAAUAAAGAUCAAAAGAACUUGCGAUGCGACCAGAGACACCUGAGUCCUUUGCCAGCCUGGUAUCGCUUCACUGGUGCAGCUGGAGAGAGAAUGCCAACAUCCUGUGUACCAAAAAAUCGUUGUGGUACUCAUGCUACAGGUUGGCUGAACGGUUCACACCCAUCAGUGGAGGAAGGCAUUGUCACUCGUCGAGUUUGUUAUCACUGGAAUUCCAACUGUUGCAACUGGAAAAACGAUAUUCAGAUCCAAAACUGUGGAGCUUUCUAUGUUUACCGGUUAGUUAAGACUCCUGGGUGUUGGUUGCGUUACUGCGGUAAUAAUGAAGGUGAGUUUUAUGUUUUUGUCAUUCUGACUGAUUUGUAAAAGAUCUUGAUCGAUAACCAAUAUCUACUUAAAACGGGCAUUAACUUUAUGUUCGUAUUACAAACGUCUCCCUCUCAAAAAAGGAGGAACUUGAAUUGUGAGGUUUGCUAUUUUUGGAAACAAGAAGGCGGUCCGUAAUAACGAGGUGAGGGUACUAUGGAGAUACCUCUAAGGGAGCCUUCUACGGUAUUGGAAUUGCUACACAAGUCAUAUAUCACGCAGUUUAAAUUUCCUUGGUAAAAUGUUUUAACCAUGUUAACUAAAUAGCAAAGUGUGAUAAUCAUGAUUAGUUGAUAAACAAAGCCGAGUUCAAAGGCCUCUGGCGAAAACACAAUUUGCGAAGUCAAGAGUCUUAAUAAACAAAGACUAUCAUUAAUCGCAAAAUGCUCUUACUAUAGUUGUUUUGAAGUUUUGAGAAGCAUUACAAUAAUAACACUUAACAUUUAAACGCUUGCGUGUAUAUUCUUUACAGGAGCACCUGCACCACCAACAACGACACCAGGUAUGAAAACAUGGAAUUAGUCUGGCAGAAGUAAUAUUGCACUCCAGUAUUAUUAUUAUUAUUAUUAUUAUUAUUAUUAUUGUUAUUAUUAUUAUUGUUAUUAUUAUUAUUAUUAUUAUUAUUAUUAUUAUUAUUAUUAUUAUUAAGGACAAGAAAAGUUGUCUACUGUCGCCACUAUAAAUUUGUAGGAGCACGAACAUAUUUUCGUAAUGCUUUAAAAGAGCGAACUUCCAUGAAAGCUCUUUCUCUGGCCUGCUCAAGAGGCAAUCAAGAGGCAAAAAAAAUCAUUUCUUGAAAAUGUCAAAAGUCAUAGUCCUUUAGUGGACAGUCCAGAAAUAUAAUUAUAUACUACAAGGGCCGUUAAGACACGAUAGUCCUCGGUGGCAGCAAAUUUGCACGCAGUAUAACUUAUCUUUUUUAUCUCUUUGUCUAAAAGAAAGGCCAUUAUGAAAACUGAAUCAGGCCGGAUUUUUCUUGUACGCUACAAGUUUUUACAAAUCUGGUGCUGGUAGCGCCGGAACCAGCCUUUUUACAUUACCUCCGAGGUAAACAGAACUAUCAGGCGCAGUUUAAUUUGUUUAACGUUUAGACCUCAGAGAAAAUUACUUAUAAUUCUGCUGUUUUACAGAACAAUCCGCUUUCAAGGCAAAUUACACCCAUUCAAUAUUCAGGACGAUUGAAGCAGUCGGGCUUCCCUUCCACAACAAAUUAUAAAAAUGACAAGAACAUUUAACAUUACACACUCUAUAUCAGAAAGAUCUGUUUUAGCCCUAAAAACAGGGCCGUUUCGGUGAGUAAAAUACAGUCCUAUUUUUGGGUCUAAUUUGGCUCCCUUAAAUCAGGGCCAAUACAGUCCAAUUAGCUAGGGCUGAUUUGGUCCCAGGGCUGAAAUGGGCCCUACCGUGGGCUGGAAUAGCCUUUUGAUAGAGCUUUUUUGGCCUAAAUUGUGCUCAAAUGGCUCCAAGAAGGGCUGAAUCAGACUUUGGUCUGCAGGGCUGAAUUGACACUUUGGGGCUGAAACAGAUCUUUUUAUUUACAGUGCAAGUAUAGAGAGAACUCACCAUUAAACGGGACUGUUCACAAGUGCUGACUAGCUAGUGACUAGUUACUUUGAAAUUUUCAGACGCACUACUAUAACAUUUACUGUUUGAAUAUGAUAUGCUUGUAUCUAAACUCUUUACAGGAACACCUGCACCACCAACAACGACAUUACCUCCACCAACAACAACACCAGGUAUGAAAACAUGCAAUUAGUCUCGCAGAAACAGUCCUGUCGCCACUAUAAGUUUUUAGAAGCACGAACAUAUUUUUGUAACGCAUUUGAAGAACGAGUUUCCAUGAAAGCUCUUUCUCUGGCUUUGCUCAAGGGGGAAUCAAUAAGGGAAUCAUUUAAGUCCAUCAGGCUAUUUUAAAAAAAUUUCCAAAUUAAUCCCUUAAUUAUUGGAAUGUAUUGGCCUUGAUUAAAGGGGCCUAAUACGACAACUCCCCACAAAGACAGAAAAAAAAAUGGAAAACUGUAUUUUACUCACGAAACGGCUCCACCAACCUUUGGGCUAGUAGACCAGAUCUUUUAAAGUUAGGGUAGGUUCGCACCUCUCUGAUCCAAGAUAAGUUUUUUUUGGUAGCUAAUAGUAAACUCCUUAUUAAAAGCCAUCACGUAGAAAUUUGUAUUUGAUACGGAGAGUCUCCAAAUAGUUCUGGACACUGAAAGGAGCAAAAAAAAAAUCAUUUCUUGAAAAUGUCAAAAGUCGACAUCCCUACAAUGUUCAUAAAUUUAGUUCGUUAGUUUUCGCUUUUGUUUUCAUUUUUAAAUUCUAGUCAUUAUAACAGCUUUUUAACUUAUAAUUUUCAGUGUUGUUGCUUUAAGUGAUCCGAAUUAACUUCCUUUUUCUUCUUCUUUAGCAAUAGAUCCAUGCACAAACUAUGGCAUUCUCGACGGUUUUAACCGUAACGUGGCAAAUAAAGAUCAAAAGAACUUGCGAUGCGACCAGAGACACCUGAGUCCUUUACCAGCCUGGUAUCGCUUCACUGGUGCAGCUGGAGACAGAAUGCCAACAUCCUGUGUACCAAAAAAUCGUUGUGGUACUCAUGCUACAGGUUGGCUGAACGGUUCACACCCAUCGGUGGAGGAAGGCAUUGUCACUCGUCGAGUUUGUUAUCACUGGAAUUCCAACUGUUGCAACUGGAAAAACGAUAUUCAGAUCCAAAACUGUGGCGCUUUCUAUGUUUACCGGCUAGUUAAGACUCCUGAGUGUUGGUUGCGUUACUGCGGUAGUAAUGAAGGUGAGCUGUUCGGUUUUUCCUCUGUAACUGAAAUUUAA